UAUGCCCCAAUAGAAUGAUUCGUUUUAUAUAGAAAGUGGUAACUUUGUUGCUAAGGACUGAGCUAUACACACUAAAUAAGGGUAGCAUCAGCGAUUUGCGGUGAUUAGAAAAUACGGCUGUUUUUGGCUAAAUUAAAUUACUUCAUAGCUGUUACAGAAAUGGCAAGGCUAAUCACAGCUCCAACCCGCUUUACUCAUGAAGAUUGGACUCGAUCCAAUCUUACAAAAUAUGCAAACGCUGAUGUAGAAAGGCAGCAGGCUGAGAGGUUGAUCAAAGAGUCUGAUAGAUUAAAGGAUGAAACAGCUAAACGUACAGAAAAAACACAAAAGGAUGUUAACAAAAAGCUACAACAACGUUUGGAUGAUAUUCGAUAUUGGAAGAAGGAGUUGGAUGAUAAACUUGAUGGGAUAUCAAAAGAGAUUGAAAAUCUUUUGGCUUUCAAACAAAGAGUGGACAAAGCCCUCCAGGCAACUGAGGAGCCUUUGCAUAUUGCCAGAAUGUGUUUAGCAAACAGAGAGAAACGAGUUGGCAUUGACCUAGUACACGAUGAUGUUCAGAAGGAACUGCUGAAGGAAGUUGAGACCAUAGAAGGUGUUCAAGCUUUAUUGAGAAGAACUUUAGAGCAAGCCACUGAACAACUGAGAUUGAACAGAAAAGCAAAAUACCAACUAGAAAAAGACUUGAAAGAUAAAUUUGGAGCACAGACAAUUGAUGAGUAUUGUGAGAAUCUGCGCAACAACUCACAGCAGAUUCAUUUCAAUGACUCUGUGGCAAAAAUUGAACCAAAUUCAGUUUCUCCUGAGCAAUGGGUAGAUUUUUCAAAUGACAACAUUAACUACGCAGAACGAGAGCGUAUGAGCUCUGUUGACCUGAGGUCCAGCAUUGAUGGUCUUCUACAACAGACUGCUAAUGACAUGCGUAAGCAAGUGGACAACACCAACGUUGCUUUUGCCAACCGCAUCUGGGAGUGUAAGGACGCCAAGGGGAAGAUGGAGGAUAAUCUCAACAAGGUUAUCUCACAAAUCAAAGAACAAGAAGAAAACAUUGCCACUCUGGAGAUGGCCAUCCAGGCUAAGGAGGCGCCAAUGAAAGUAGCCCAGACCCGCCUGGAAACCAGACAGCACAGACCAAACGUUGAGCUGUGCCGCGAUGCUGUGCAGUACAAACUAAUUGAGGAAGUCCAUGAGAUCAGUGACUCUGUGGCCCAGCUGCAAGCACGUCUGCGUGAUGCCAACAGCUCGCUCAAAGGACUCGUCCGCAACCAACUGGAGCUGGAGGAAGAGAUUGCUAUCAAGGCCAACACGCUCUUCAUUGAUGAAGUUGAAUGUAUGGGAAUGAGAAAAAGCAUAGACAUUCAAAGCUUUUAACACCCUUGCUAGAAAAUCACUUACAAAUUUAAAUGUUUCAACUGUUUAGCUGACACUGGGUUUGGUCAAUAUAAUAUCAUCUAUUCACCAAUGACAUAGAAUUCACAGGUCAUAAUUUAUAAAGAAUUUUUCAUCAAUUAAUUCUUCUUUACCAAAUCAGUUGUUUCACUUUUAAGCCUGUAGUUGAAAAUUAUAGUUGUAUGUAAAUUAUAAACAAAAAACUAAGAAACAAAAAUUGUUUUACUUCGGAGGAUUACCAGCUACCUUGUGAAUGAAAAAUUUUGUUUAAAUAUUCUCAAACAAUAUAUAUUAAACUAUAAAAUGUUGAACUAAUGUUAUUAUCACCUUUUCUUAAAAUAACCAUAAAAUUAUAGUUUUAUUAUUUUACUAUGAAAUGUUUUUGAUAUCAAGUUUAUAACAUUUUGAGAGCUAAGGUUUUGCAACUAAUGUGCAUUGAAUAUAAAUUUACAUUUGAAAUUAACAUUGACAAUUUUUAAUGUUUACAAAUUUAUUUUUCUUAUUUGUUUUACAAAUACGAUGUUUAUUACAGAUAUAAACUCACAAAGUUUGCACACCUGUUUUGAUGAAAAUAAAUUCUUUUAAACAAAUGAGACUUCAUUAAUUUCUGUUUUAAAACUAAUUCUUGUUCAUCCUUAGUCAUCAUGGACAUGUUUAUUUUCUACAUGUAAAAACCUAUAAACAUGAUACUUGUUUAUUUCUUCUUUUACUUAUUAUUAUUUUAAACACGUUAAAGUUUUAAAUUGUUGAUGUUGCACAUUUGAAGUCACAGUUGUUGAGGUAGAAAAAAAAAGUUUUUGUGAAAGAUUAUGACAAGAGGGGUAACAAUCGGAAAACCAAGGCCAUUUGUUUUAUUUGAUCUUUUUUCCCUAUGCUUUUAAAGUUUUUGUUGGAUACACAUUUCUUUAUUAUUUAUUUAAUAAAAUAAAUAAAUAUGUAGAAAAAUGAAGUUAU